AUGGAGUCGUCUAACACUCAACGACGUAUCACGAAACGAUCAUCUUACGCCUGCUCGCGAUGUCGGAGGCAAAAGAUCAAGUGCUCAGGCCUUCACCCGUGCAACAAUUGCACGCAGAGGCGGUUGACAUGUAUCUUUGACGAGCGGGACAACAAGGUUAUGGUAACGCAGGGAUAUCUAUCCGAGUUGCAACAAAAAGUGGCACAGUUGGAGCGCGCUCAAGCAAGGGCAUUAGUGGAGGAAAGCUUGAGGCAUGCCGAUGGCGACGAUGAUGCCGUCGCGUGUCGUGAAGAUGAUCCAAAUAACCCGUCACGCUUCGAUGAGCGCAGACGAAGUUAUCACACGCCAGACUGGACAGGCGGAAACUCACCACCUGGAGAUGGAGAUGGCCCAGACUUGACAAAUCCUCUGACUGCAACGCCAUCUCGAUUCUGCAUGUCUGAGUCCAAUGGACAACCGUACUUCCUUGGCUCUUCUUCAAACUGGUCCUUUUCCCGCCAAGUCCUAAGCGUCACACACGAACACGUCUGCCAAUCUCCUCUUCCAACAAACAGCCUCCUUUUCGACGGCUUCGCCCACGACCUCGGCUGGGACGGCUCACGAACGACGCAAAUGCUGGACAACAGACUCAUACCGAGCCACGACUACGCUAUCUUCCUCAUCAACGCCGUCAAGUUCCACUGCGGGCAAAUGUUCCACCUCUUUGAGGAGGAAGAGUUUAUGCUCCAUAUGCAGACGUUUUACGCCAGAUCGUCGGCCGACCGGGCGGAAGAGAAUAGCCUCUGGUACAUCCACUUUCUCGUGAUCCUGGCAUUUGGUAAGAGCCUCAUUCAGAGGAAGACGAAGGGGAACAACAGACCGGCCGGGGCGGAUUUCUUCGUGCGGGCGCUGCAGCUUCUUCCUGAUGUUACGGCGUUGUGUAAGGAGCCUAUCAUGUCGACGGAGAUUCUGUGCUCGAUGGCGUGGUACUAUCAAGCGCUGGACUUUCGACAUGCUGCGCACAACUUUAUCGGGCAAGCCAAAAGCGUGGCGAUGAACCACGGCAUGCACACAGACAUGCCGAUAAUGGACUUGGGUCCAGGACUAGUCCAACGAUGUCGCAAGAUCUGGUGGACAGUCUACGUUCUCGACCGGCAGAUGACUUCCCUGAUGGGGCUGCCCCAGUCGACUCUGGACGAGGGCGUCUUUUGCCAACUACCAUCCUACCCGGGCUCUGUUCACCGCACCACCGCGCUGAGCAUGCAGAUCAAGUUUGCUCGAAUCAUCGCAGAAAUCAGCAGCACCGUCUACGGCGCAAAAGGCCGCCUCAAUAAGAAAUUCGUCCUAAGUACAAAGGCGGUGCUGCAAAGCAUCGUUGCCGUGGCCGAUGAGCUGCGUACUUCAUUUCCGCUGUUUGCCGAUGAGCGUUUCGACGGCAUUUCGAGACUUUCUGCCCACCUGCAUCUCCUUUACUACCAGUGCAUCAUUCUCGCGACCCGACCUCUUCUCUUAUGCUGUCUGAUCAAGAGAUUCAACUCUCCGCUUGAGGCCGACUCAUUGAUGGCAUCGCCAAAAGUUCGGAAUCCGCUUCAGAUGUGCGCCGAGUCCGGUAUCCAGAUUCUUAACAUCCUCGACCGUCUGAGAGCGCAGGGACUCCUCGAAACAUUCCUUCCGCUAGAUCUAGACUCGCUCUUCGUAUCGACAGUCGCCCUGCUCGUCGCCCGCGGGGUCGACUCGCGUCUGAUAGAGAGCCAAGUCCCCUGGCUCGAUAAAUCGCACGCCAUCAUCGAAGAAAUGGUAGCCAGCGGCAACCUCAUCGCCGACUUCAGGAAGAACGAGAUGCAGAAACUGGAGGAGAUGCUCCUCGAGUUCGACGUCACCCGACCGAGGCUAUUAGCCGACUCGACAACCAUUGUCGCACAGCAGCAGCAACAGUCAGUACCACUACCAGACUGGCAACAACCGACAGACGCACCAGCCUCUCUCCCACCGGCCCUUCUGCCGGCGGAGACGGGAUUGCCACUGAGUCAAGAGACAAUGCUGCCGGCGUACAGAGAGUUGAGCAAAGACAGCAGUAGUCAGGCAGAGGACUUGACGACGCAGCAAAUUAUAGACGUCGUUAAUUCAAUGGAGUGGGAAGACAAUGAGUGGAUGUCAUUCACAAUGGUCCAGGAUGAAGCAUGA